AUGUCUGGCAGCUAUACGUCGGACUUUUCUCUGCUCAACAGCACAUUCUGGGUUGAUUUGCUGAGUCAACGAGAUGUCUCGUCGCAAGUCCCGAUCAACUACGUGACGCAGCCUUCCAUCGCACUGACCGCAGCAUGCUUUGGUGACAACCAAUACCUCGGAGACGGCGGAUCUUUGUGUCUGUCGGAUCUUUUGACCAUUGGAUAUCGCCGAUUCAUCAUCGAUGUCUACUGGUCUAAUUCCAAUCAGCAAUGGCUGCUCUGUCCGAUAUCGAUUCCCUCCACGACGACGCUUGACGACGAGUCACCGUACAAGCUUGGGAAUUAUACCUGUUCCGGCUCAUUUGAUUUGACGACCAUCAUGGAUGUCUUGCGCAGCUAUAUACAGUCUAGCAGCGCGGAUAUAGACUCUACGCUUCUAUUUGUCGUGUUCAACGUACAUGCAGCGGCGGACUCCAGCAAUCCAGAUCAACCUGCUUCUGUGCUGUCAGGUGUAGAACUUCCUCCGACAUCGCAUCUUCUAGGGAACAUCGCAAAUAACGCCCUCUAUGGAUUGAUAUAUACCCCGCCAGAACUUGCAGAAGAGCGCAGCAAUCUCAAUGGUUCCUGGUACCACGGGACCAGCUCGAGGACAACGGUGUUACAGAAGUACUUCACCACGACUACCAAUGCCGAUAAUAUCCUUAGCACACCGGAUGGAUGGCCUUGUCAGGCUUAUUUGAUCAACAAGCUUGCAAAGCGUUUUAUACUAGGACGGGGCAGUAUUGAUCCUCAACUGCAAGGGUACAAUGCAUCUGGCGAUGAUCCAUAUAUUUUCCCGGCAGAUUACAUAGAAGAUGUUAUCGGUGUGUCCACUACGUCUGAUGGUAAUGGAUUGCAGUCUGGCUGCUUCUAUAGCUCGCAGACGACAAGUCUCAAGAAUAUGAACAAUUCCUGGGCGCUGUCUACUCUUGAUGGAACAACUGCAAAUACAUCGUCCUCUGCCGCGCUUCUAUUGCAAAAUUACACAGGCUGCGGCAUAUCACCUAUUAUCAACCAAACAUUAGGCGGCCAAACAGCAAACAUCGAAGUCGAUCCCUAUCGCAACAUGUCCAUCUCUUCAAUGUGGUCGUGGGCAAUGGGCGAGCCUCGGAACGCGAGCAGCCUACCCGGCUACGAACAGAUUCCAGUCAACAGCGAUGUCCUCCGCUGCGCAAUGCUAGAUCCCACCUCCAACGGACAUUGGCGAGCCGGAAACUGCUCAAAUGCGUAUCGCGCUGCAUGCCGCGUCGACAACAACCCGUAUACAUGGAUUAUCUCCGACAACAAACAAUCCUUCUCCGACUCUUCCAACGUCUGCUCCACCGGUUCUGUCUUUGACGUACCGCGUACCGGUCUGGAAAACACAUUUCUCUACAACACAAUCCUAUCAACCAGCAACACCACCACUACUACGGUUGACGAACCCGUCUGGAUAAAUUUGAACUCAAUCGAUGUUCAAUACUGCUGGGUGAUGGGCGGCGCGAAUGCGACUUGUCUUUACGUCGGCGACUCAGAUAGCGUCGCCAGAAGGAUAAUUCUCGUCCCGACCAUUGCUGCGAUUAUCAUUCUGGUGAUUACGGCGUCGACGCUUUUUGUCAAGUGUAAUUCUAAUCGGAGGAUUUCAAGGCGGAAGAGGGUUAGCCAGGGUUGGGAGUAUGAAGGUGUUCCUUCUUAA